GAAUUAGUUGCUAAGAAACUAAUAAAGUAUUUAUCCAUGGCGCCUGAAGAAUGGUUGAAUUUUAUUCAAAAUGCUACGAAAACGGCAAUAAUUCAAGACGGAAAAAGAAAAGUUCAUUUUUUAAUGGAAGAUGGUAGAGAAAUGGUAGAAGAAUAUCAUUUGGAAACUAAUGUGUUAAUACGAAGAGCAUGGAAAGAAAAAGGUAAACUUGGUCAAGAUAUAGGUUGGAAUGUUGAAAUUGGAGAUCCUGAACCCAAACAAAACAAUAUUGAUAUUUGUGGAAUUCAAGAAAGUUCAAGUGCUCCAUUUAUUACAAGAAGAGUUACAAAGACUUCACUUGAAUGGCGAAUAAGAAAUUUGCCAUAUCCGCAAAAUGUAUAUUCUGUAACUGCAGAAGAUGAUGGAACGAUAACUAUUCGUACUACAAAUAAAAAAUAUUUUAAGAAGAUAAGAAUUCCAGAUUUAGAACGUGCUGGAUUAAAACCAGAACAGAAUAGAAUAACUUUUACACAUCAAUACAGUACACUAAUUAUUACGUAUAAGAAACCUCCUGCACUUCUGGAAUUAGAAAGAAAGGUGUUGAACGAAAUAUUACAAUUAAAAGCAAAAAAAGAUGGUGACAUACAGUGUCCAACAAGUUAAUAAAAUUUUUCUUUGUAAAAACUUUUUCCUUUUUUGCUUGCCCACAGUCAUAUCAUAGUUAUAUUUAUAAAAUGAUUAUCAUAAAAUGAAUAAUAUUUCUCAUUAAUAUCAUGUAAG